AUGGCAUUUACUGUUCAUUUUAGUGCAACUGUAACACCGGCAAGUGAUCCUGAAAUAAAUGUAGCAAAUAUAGAACCCGUACGACCAAACGUUCCAUUGACAAAUUUUGUUUUCCACAAACGACAAUUAAAUACACUUGGACUAAAAUGGAAAUUAUUAUUAUCAAUAGGCCUGACUGCAUGUAUCGGAGUAGGAAUUGCUGGUGCCCUUAUUGCCACUAGAACACAAAGAGUUAGCACAACAUUAACGAUAACAACGUCUGUUACAAGUACUUCAUCAAGAACAACAACAACGGCAACUGCCUGUCCUACAGUGUAUUCGAGUUUAUAUCCAGUUCCAACAGCAAGUGUAGUUGCAUCAUCGGGAGGUAUUGAUUGGGGAUUUUAUGGGACAAAUGUUUUGAUCAAUGGAGACGCUGAAAUAGGUCUUUGUGCUAGUAACUCAAGUGUGCAGGCUCCAACAAGCUGGAAGCCCGAUGGAUUAAUUACACAGAUUUUAUAUAAUAAUUCAGAUGGCGAUCAAACGCUAACAUCGCCUGGGCCUAGUGAUCGUGGCAGAUGUUAUUUUUAUGGCCAACGUUCUUCAUCAACAAGUAUGUCACAAACAAUUGAUUUACUUUCCUACUCAUUAGCAAUUAAUAAUUAUACUGUUACGUAUAAUUUAUCAGCUUGGCUAGGCGGCUAUACUAAUCAAAAUGAUAGUACGAUUAUUUCACUUAAAUUUCUUGAUAUGUGUUGUAGUCUUUUGGGCACAAGUACAUCUAUAGGUCCUGUUACAGCUGUUGAUCGUUCAUAUGUAACAUCGUUGAAAUAUUGUUCAACAACUGGUGUAGUGUUACCUAAUACACGUUAUAUUAAUGUUAGAGUUGUCAUGACACGUUACGUAGGAGGAUAUAAUGACGGUGAUGCGGACAAUAUUUCACUCGAGCUACUAAAUUAA